UGAUAAACAACGUCAAAACAAGAUGGCAACACAUUACAGUUUCGGACACACUCGAAUACAGCAACAGCAGCAGCAGCAGCAAGCCAGACCCGCGCGGCGCCCAAAGCACGAGCACUUUUGCACCAUUGCCGGUCACGCACACACAUACACAGACAUACCCGCUCCAGCAAUGCUUCUCUCCCAGCCCAGACACGGCGGGAUUAUUGUUCUUCUUGCUGCUGCUGCUGCUGCUCCUGCUGCCGUCGUUCGUCACUGUUUUCGCGGAUGAUUCAUACGCCAAUGUUGUGUACCAGCGCCGCUGUUUGGAAACAACAAUUAGCAAAACAGAAUCGAACCCUCGCCCUCUGCUCGGCUUCUGAAUGCCAAAUUGUUUCCUUUGCCGAAAUGGUGUUUCUUUGGACAAGUGCUGGGACUCAAAUACACGUUAAAAUAGUCCACAAAUCGACCAGCGUGCUGCAGCUUUCCGUGGAAAAUGUGGAAGCCCAUCGGCAGCGGCACACUCUGCUAGUGCUGGAGCUCGGAACACUUUUCUGCUUUGCAGUUUGUAUGUUUCUUUUCCGACUAAAUGUCCUCCAUGCCUUGUUCGUUCUACCCAUCGGUACGCUUGUAUACCUGUACAACAACGUGAUAAAAUCCGAAAGUCUGGUGUUAGUCAAGGAUUUUGCACUGCAAUGUUCCACAACAUUUGCGAACGGGGCGGUACGCAACGCUCUGAUACCGAUGGAAUAUGUGCAGGAUAUCGUAAUCAACGAAGUUUUCUUUAACCUUAAAGUAAUAUUCGUGCUGCAAGUACUUACAAAGGGGCAUUUAUUUCGGAAGAAGCCUGUUAUAACGCUUCUGCAGCAACUAAAACCAGCCCUUCCAAGCCUGAAAAUUAUUUACACCGAGCUUCACUCCGUUCUCGAGCUGCAGAAUUGUUGACGAGCCGGUGGCGACCAUUACUGUUCCGUAGGGAGAGCUUGUGCAUUAUGUUUAGUAAAUUGUGCACCUCCUGAACGCCAGCUGCUGCAUCUGGGGCGGGAAAUAUUUGUUUCGGUAUCCGUUCUAUCUUAUUCAAUUCCUGGACCGGCUGUUUCGGCACACACACAUCGGUAUCAUUCUAUGUUUUAAGCAAGCAGGACCAAAGACAAACACAGUCAGGCACAACGAAAUAUGUGCAAUAAAGAUAAUGCAUACUUACAA